UGAUCACACAACUAGUUCUCCAUUCUUCAACACCAACUCAUCGAUCGUCCCAAUUUGUUCUCGGCGAAAGUCGAAAUGGCUAGCAGCGGCGCCGGCUCAUCACGGGAUCAGGACGAGCGCGCCGGGGCUGAGAUCGUGCAUGGUUCAGAACAGUGCUACCGCCAUUCCAUAGACCUCCUGGAGGAGCUGGGGUUCCCCAAAGGCGUGCUUCCCCUCCAAGACCUUGUAGAAUGUGGAAGGGUUCGGGAAACCGGGUUUGUUUGGAUGAAGCAGAGGGCCCCAUACGAGCAUUUCUUUGUUGGGUCCAAUUCCCGAGUAAGCUAUGCCGCGGAGGUAACGGCGUAUGUGGAGAAGUUCAAGAUGAAGAAGAUGACCGGCGUUAAGAGCAAGCAGGUUUUUUUGUGGGUGCCCAUAACUGAGAUGAGCAUGGAAAGCUCUGCAAGCCAGAAAAUAUAUUUCAAGACGCCGAUGGGGAUUGGAAAGUCUUUUCCAAUCACAGCCUUCAUGACACAGGAAGAGAAGCAGAAGUAUUUGGAGAAGGCCAAUGGCCACUGAAACUUGUUCAUGAGACAUAAUUUAGUUAAUUAAUGCUUACUAUAUAUAUAUUAUGUUGAUCUUAAGGAGUUUUCAUCCUUCAGAUCCAUUUCUUUUGAUUUUCCUGCUAUCGUUUGGCAUUCUGUCAAUUUUAAUAAGUUUUGUUAAAAUAUUAAUUGAAUAAAUAAUUAUAUUUUCUCAUGGUA